UAUAACUGUUAMGUUUCGGUAUACUCUUACAAAGACAAAAUCAAUCAGAGAUAUAUAUGACAUAUGUUGAGAUUACGUAUAGCUAUAGGCUAUGGGCUGUUCGACGGUUCACUCUUAUCUUUACAUCAUUCCAAACAGAGUAUUUCAAACGAAACUAUAGAUGAGAUAUAACGAGGUUUUUGAUUGGUCAACGUCUGUCCAUGUGUCAUUUAUGUCCAUCAACGCGUGCACCCAUAUGAUCCACUCUUAUGAGAGAGUGCUUUUGGGCUGUGCAUACGCUCAGUGUAAUAUCUAUUCCCAAAGUCUUCUUUAUUCCUAGUUGGUGAAGAUCAGCGUCGCCAUGGAAAAGUUCCCUGAUUGCAUGGGGGUGAUCGACCCCGUCAGAAAAAUCUCCCGAAGUACAUCACAGUGYGGUCCUGUWCUCCAGCGUUCAAUGAGCUGCGGAGUGGGCCUACACCACGAGGGAUCAGUCCCUCUACAACAUAUGCCUACAACACACUCCAGCGAUCUCGGUAAAUUCCCUUCACCACAAGAGGAAAAAUACAACCGAACAGUUUCCCCAACGCCUCAGCUAUCUCAAGGAUCGUCCUCGUGUACCGAGAUGGAAUCUUCGUCUUCAGAAUCGACACAGAAAAGAAAGAAAAGGCGAAACAGAACGACCUUCACGGCWUAUCAGCUUGAAGAAAUGGAACGAGUCUUYCAAAAAACGCAUUAUCCCGAUGUGUACACCAGGGAGCAGUUGGCUUUACGWUGUGAUUUGACCGAAGCUCGUGUCCAGGUUUGGUUUCAAAAUCGUCGAGCAAAAUGGCGGAAAAGAGAGAGRUAUUCUCAAGUUCCCCUCCCUGGGCGUGGCAUUGGGGGUUCRCCUUACGAGACCAGCCCUUCCUCGUCAUGGUCACGUGACGACCCAAACAAUAUCAGCCAAGGAGGACCAAUCCCAAGACACCUUCCCCCUCACGUGACUUUGCCAAGUUAUGCAGGCGUUUUACCGCCGAUUCCAGCAAUGGCAGGACGAACCUCACCGGGGCAUCAAGGCAACAUGGUAAAUUCAUCACAACUACAUAGAGCGCAUGCCCAUCAGCAAGGACCGCUGCCUAAUGUUACUAUUACUUCUUCGUCGAUUGUACCAAGUCAUAACCCACCAUCUCUUCGUCCAACCCUUUCACCUCCACGCGCAUGUCAUUCUCCUCCAUCCGCUGGAAUACAAGUAUCGCGGGACUGUCGAAUUGAGGGGGAGCRCGACCCGGAGACUGGACAAUGCGUCGUACGUCAUAGCUCUAGUAUUGCGGCGCUGCGGUUAAAAGCCAAAGAACAUGCCGUUGCCAUGGGGAUGGUCAGGGCUUAUAACAUGAGGGCUGAUGUUUAGCYAUGGAUGUGUUUUCCACUUCUAUUACCGUGCCUGCUUGUAUUUGAAAAAUUCUUAAUUAAUUGAGUGACGCACCGAUACAAUACUUCGUAAAAAACAGGAAUGUCAUUUUGUUAUUUUUGGACGUUAUUGCAGUUUGUUCUGGAAUUGGAUUUCCUGUAUUACCUUUUCCCUCUAUCCUGUGGCAGAGACUAAAAYUGAUCCUCAAGUGAAGGAGGAGUCGAUCAUUAGAAAAGUAAUGUUUUUUUUAUAAAUUUUCAACUUUCUUUGGAAAACCCGAAUAGAUUCCUCCUUAGUUUUUUUUAGUUUUUUUUAUUUUUUUUGUUUAUUUUUUUUUUAAAUUGCUGGGAUGUUCUUUUUUUACAUUUUGUAAUAUUGCUUUCCCCAACACAAAUUCUCCAAAUCAGUUCAUUUGUAAACAUGCUGUCUAGGAAGGUACGGUUUACGAGUUGUGGCUGAAGAAAUCAUUAAGGAUCGGGCAUUUUUGAAAACUUCCUUUUUGUCAGGCCAUUACGUUUGACUCUUUGUGUUCUUGUUGUAAAUAUUCCAUCGACGACUUUCAGAAAUGCAGUUAGGUCACGGCUGCCCAUCGAGGGACUAAUGACGAAGUAGAAUUGAAAGCAUCAAAGGAAACAUAUGAAGAAUCGCACUUGUGUCUUAUGGCUAAAUUUUGAGAGGUGUAUAUGUUAUGUCAUUAAUUUUUCGAAGUACUGAAACAAGACGCCAUCUUUACU